AUGUUCAUCAACCAUUGUCAACAUAUUCAAGAAAUUACCCUUGGAAAAUCAGCUCGAAGAUCGGAAUUCCAGGAAACACCAAAAGAAGUAUCAUUAGUACUCUAUUCCAACUCAAAAUUGGACACGGAUAUUUCAAAUCUUAUCUUAAACGAUUCGGAAUCUCCACUAACAACAAUUGUAGAUGCGGGGAACAGGAAUCUCUUGAUCAUCUUCUGUCCAAUUGUUCCAUAUACAAUACGGAAUCACCAAAACUCUCGAAUUUAUCGAAGCCACGCGGAUAGCCACUAG